CCCAUCUGUCUGCCAUUCUUCUUAUCUCCCUAUCUAUCUGUCCACCUAUCUAUCUAUGUACGUAUCCAUCUAUCUACCUAUGUUCCUAUCUCCAUAUCCGCAUACCUCUCUAUCUACUCAUCUAGCUACACACCUACGUACCUGCAUAUCUCCCUAUGUAGAAGGCGAGGAGGAGGAGGAGGAGGAGAAAGAAGAGAAGGAUUCGGAGGACGAGAAGGUGGAGGCCGACGAUGGAGAUGAAGAAGAGGAGGAGGGAGAGGAGGAGGAGGAGGAGGACAACGACGAUGAAGAUGAAGAAGAGGAAGAUGAGGAGGAGGAGGAGGAGGAGGAGGGGGAGGAGGAAGAAGAGGAGGACAAGGACGACGAGGAGGAGGACGGCGAUGAAGAUGAAGAAGAGGAGGAGGAGGAGGAGGAGGAGGAGGAGGAGGAGGAGGAGGAAGAAGAGGAGGAAGAAGAGGAGGAAGAAGAAGAGGAGGAAGAAGAGGAGGAAGAAGAGGACAACGAGAAGGAGGAGGACGGCGAUGAAGAUGACGAAGAGGAGGAGGAGGAGGAGGAGGAGGACAACGGCAGCGAUGGACGGGGCGAACGAGGAGGAGGAGGAGGAGGGGGAGGAGGAGGAGGAGGAGGAGGAGGAGGGGGAGGAGGAGGAGGAGGACAACGACGAAGAAUAAGAAGGCGAGGAGUAGUAGUAGUAGGAGGAGGAGGAGGCAGAGUAGGACGACAACGACGAAGAAUAAGAAGGCGAGGAGGAGGAGGAGGAGGAGGAGGAGGAGGAGGAGGAGGAGAAAGAGAUGGAGGGAAAGGAGGAAGAGGAGGAGUGGAAAAAAGAGGGAAACGAGGAGGAGGAGGGGCGGCGCAAGUGAAAGAGAAGGAGGAGGACGAGGAGGAGGAGAAGGAGGAGGAGGAGGAGGAUGGCGGCGAUGGACGACGACUACGAGGAGGUGGAGGUCUAGGAGGAGGAAGAAGAGGAGGAGGCGGAGGAGAAGGAGGAGGAGGGGGAGGCGAAGGACGAGGAGUACAGAGAAGAGAAGGAGGAGGAGGAUGGCGGCGAUGGACGACGGCUACGAGGAGGAGGUGGAGGUCUACGAGGAGGAAGAAGAUGAGGAGGAGGAGGAGGAGGAGGAGGAGGAGGAGGAGGACGACGACCAAGAAUAAGAAGACGAGGAGGAGGAGGAAGAAGAAGAAGAGGAGGACGACGACGACGAAGAAGGAGGAGGAGGACGAGGAGGACGAGGAGGACGAGGAGGACGGCAGCGAUGGACGACGGCUACGAGGAGGAGGUGGAGGUCUACGAGGAGGAAGAAGAUGAGGAGGAGGAGGAGGGGGAGCCGGAGGACGAGGAGUACAGAGAAGAGGAGGAGGAGGAGGAGGACGACGACCAAGAAUAAG